CUCACUUCAAGCGUAUUCGUCCGCCUACCGCCUACGACAACCACCACCACUCUACAUCUACUACAUCAGCAAUGGCCCGCACCAAGCAGACUGCUCGCAAGUCGACUGGUGGCAAGGCGCCCCGUAAGCAGCUCGCUGCCAAGUCUUCUGCUCGCAAGACCGCCGCUCCCGCUACCGGUGGUGUGAAGAAGCCUCAUCGUUUCCGCCCCGGCACGGUUGCUCUUCGUGAGAUCCGUCGGUACCAGAAGUCGACGGAGCUGCUUAUCCGCAAGCUUCCCUUCCAACGUCUUGUUCGUGAAAUCGCUCAGGACUUCAAGACCGACCUGCGUUUCCAGUCGUCGGCUGUCAUGGCACUUCAGGAGGCCGCUGAGGCAUACCUCGUCUCGCUGUUCGAGGACACGAACCUGGCCGCUAUCCACGCCAAGCGCGUGACCAUCCAGCCCAAAGACCUCGCUCUCGCCCGUCGGCUGCGCGGCGAGCGCUCGUAGAUUGUUUUAAUAACGUAGUCUGCUCUGCAUUGGCGUUUCUACUCCGGGGAUCGAUCGUUCUUACUCUAUUGUAUUCCUAGUGUAUACCUUUAUAUAUUUCUCUCUUGACUAAAGUCAUAAACUCCGAGUGUG